GGGGGUGGAAGGAACCUCGGGGAGGGAGGAGGGGUGUCACCGAUCACUCCCACCCCUGCUUCUGCUUCCAGAGCGCCCCUUCGGUCCAGCCAUGAGGCUCAUCCUGUGUCUCCCGGUUUUGGUGGUGGUUCUGUUGAUGGUUUUGGAAGGUCCAGCCCCGGCCCAGGGGGCCCCAGCUAUCGCCAGCACCUUCAGGAACAUCCCCAAUUCGCUGAAGGAGUUUGGUAACAACCUGAAGGACGCCUUCGAGAGCAUUCCUGAGGCGACUCAGAAAUUGAUGACCUCCUUUGCUGAGGGACUCAAAAAUUUCAGAAUUCCCAUGGUCUGAAUACCAAGAGAGCUGCCUCUGUCCUCUGGGCUGUGCCCCAGGAGGGGGCUCCAAAAUUUCCCAUACCCCGGCUCUCGGCAGGAGGACUUUGUGAUGUCCAUAUCGACCCCACCCUCCAAUAAAAAUACCAUAGAGAA